UAUGCAAAUUCCAAAACGCCAACGCCCUCUCUUCUAUCGUCGCUUUGCUCGACUCCCGCUCGUACUGUGUUCUCCGAGAAACUCUUCCGUGUCAAUGUGUCAUGUCUCCUUCUCCUGCAACCACAGACGCUCUUCUUGUAUUAUCGCCGGAUAACCUCCUUUGUCAACGAAUAGAAGCUAAAGAAGAAGGCACCAGUUUGAUCAAUGGCAAGAUGCACGCCAUCCACAACCACGCAGACAACAGUAAUCAGACAAUUCAGGCGUUCAUAUUUUCUGCUUACACCUAAGAACCCAAAACCCAACUCCGCAGUACGCAACGCUACAACCUCAUCGACGUCUUCCUCAGCAAUCAAACUUGGGAAUGUACUCCUGGUGGCCUCUCUCACCAAAACUCUCACGGAGUCUGGCACUCGCGGGCUCGAUUCUCUCUCCAUCCCUCUAUCCGAGUCCCUUGUCCUCCAAAUUCUACAAAAGGGUUCACUUGAUACUUCAAAAAAGAUUGAUUUUUUCAAGUGGUGUUCUCUCAGGCAUAACUACAAACACUCCGCCUGCGCCUAUUCCCAAGUCCUCGGCACAGUAUGCCGCGCAGGGUUUCUCGAGGAGGUUCCCAAUUUGCUGAAUUCAAUGAGAGAUGAUGGAGUUAUUGUUGAUUCUGAGACUUUCAAGUUCCUACUUGAUUCUUUUAUUCGAUCAGGUAAGCUCGACAAUGCGCUUGAGAUUAUUGAUUACAUGGAGGAAAUUGGGGCUACCUUGAGCCCUCACAUGUAUGACUCCGUUCUUAUUGCUCUAUUAAGGAAAAACCAGGUGGCAUUGGCAUUGUCUAUCUUUUCUAAGCUCCUGGAUAGCAGCAAUGGUGAACACAAUGCCGUUGGCAGUACACUUCCUGGUUCUGUUGCAUGUAAUGAACUGCUUGUCGCCCUUAAGAAAGCAGACAUGAGGAAGGAAUUUAAAAAUCUUUUCAAUAAACUGAGGGAAAAGAAAGGGUUUAAUCUUGAUUCUUGGGGUUACAAUAUAUGCAUUCAUGCUUUUGGCUGCUGGGGAGACGUGGGUGCUUCUUUGAGGCUCUUUAAAGAGAUGAAGGAAAAGAGUUCGACUUCUGGCGCUUCUGGUCCUGAUUUAUGCACCUAUAACAGCCUAAUUCAUGUGCUGUGUCUGCUGGGGAAGGUCAAGGACGCACUUAAUGUGUGGGAGGAAUUGAGAAUAUCUGGACAUGAGCCAGAUGCCUUUACAUACAGAAUACUUAUUCAGGGAUGCUCUAAAUCCUAUCGCAUUGAUGAUGCAACACAUAUUUUUAGCGAGAUGCAGUAUAAUGGUUUCCAGCCAGACACCGUUGUGUACAAUUCUCUUCUAGAUGGGCUAUUCAAGGCAAGGAAAGUUGUGGAAGCAUGCCAGUUGUUUGAGAAAAUGGUUCAGGAUGGGGUGAGAGCCUCAUGUUGGACUUAUAACAUUAUCAUUGAUGGGUUGUUUAGAAAUGGAAGAGCUGAGGCUGGCUACACUUUAUUUUGUGACUUGAAGAAGAAGGGGAAAUUUGUGGAUGAUAUAACUUACAGCAUCGCAAUCUUGCAACUUUGUAAGGAAGGUUUGCUUGAGGAAGCUCUGCACUUGGUGGAGGAAAUGGAAGAAAGAGGCUUUGUUGUAGAUCUAGUUACCAUAACAUCACUUGUGAUUGAGUUUCAAAGACAACGUAGGUGGGAUUGGCCAGAAAAGCUCAUGAGACACAUUAGGGAUGGUAAUCUAGUGCCAAGUGUCAUCAAAUGGAAAACCGAUAUGGAGGCUUCCAUAAAGAACACACAGAGCAGAAGAAAGGACCACACCCCACUGUUUCCCUCUAAAGGCAAUGUCAAUGAGAUAAUGGGCUUAAUGGAUUCUGCUGACUCAGAGACAAACAUCAACCUUGGUCCAGAUAAUAGUGGGGUUGAGGAUGAAGAGGUCUCACAGAGUGACUCUGAUCAGUGGUCAUCAUCCCCAUAUAUGGAUCACUUGGCAAAUAAAGCAGAGUCCAGUGACCCUCUCACUCAGUUGUUUUCGUUAUCUAGGGGACAAAGAGUUCAGGUAAGAGGAAUUGGCUCUUUUGACAUUGAUAUGGUCAAUACUUUCUUGUCUAUAUUUUUGGCCAAGGGGAAGCUGAGCUUAGCUUGCAAGUUAUUCGAGAUUCUUAAUGAUAUGGGAAUUGACCCUGUGACUUACAGUUACAAUUCUAUUAUGACUUCUUUCGUGAAGAAGGGUUAUUUCAAUGAUGCAUGGGCUGUUUUUAGCGAAAUGGGGGAAAAGAUCCGCCCUGCAGACAUAGCAACAUACAAUGUGAUAAUUCAAGGCUUGGGGAAGAUGGGGAGGGCAGAUAUGGCUAGUGCUGUUCUGGAUAAGCUUAUGAAGCAGGGUGGUUAUCUUGACAUAGUAAUGUACAACACUCUGAUUAACGCCCUAGGGAAGGCUGGCAGGGUUGAUGAAGCAAACAAGCUUUUUGAGCAGAUGAGGACAAGUGGAAUUAACCCUGAUAUUGUCACAUUUAAUACAUUGAUUGAAGUUCAUACCAAGGCUGGUAGAUUGAAGGAUGCAUAUAAAUUCUUAAAAAUGAUGUUGGAUGCUGGAUGCUUACCGAACCACGUCACAGAUACAACUUUAGACUCUCUUGGGAAGGAGAUUGAGAAACUGAGGUACCAAAAGGCAUCAAUCAUACGACAUAAGGAUGAUUCUUCUUAAAGAAGACUCUUGCAUUGAUUUAAGAACAAUUGAAAGUUUCUGUGGCUUGCAAGAGCAUAAUAUGCUGAUUUCCUGUCGACAACGAAGGAAGAAAAAAUUGGUAAUCCAGUUUAUUAUGACAACAUGUCGGUCCUAAUGGUACCUAAUUUGAGCCAAUUUUCGUUGACCCGAAAAACAGGCUAGCUCGAAGUUGGGAUCAGUGACAGCCAUUUGCAUAUGGUUUCCCCUUGACAACAGUGGGUUGCUGCCAUCACAGGAUUCUUUGCACUGAUUGGAAGCUUCACUUUCUCAUAGAAAUUAUCCUUCAUAAAAAUGUGGAAAAUAAGCUGCAGCCAAGAAACAUGCGACUUUUCUGUGGAUGUAACUUAUCUUCAGUAAGUUAUUUUGUCGCUCUGUAGGAUACCAUUAUACUGAAAAUUUGAUUUUGUAAAUGGUGUUGUAUCUUCAAUGAAGGUUCAAACUAUUUAUAUCUCGUAAAUUCUACAAUACCAACCUUACUUUGUCACAAAAAUGCAACAUGGCAUGCUUUUGCUACCGGCAGCUGGAUGUUAUUUCUACAGUCCGGACUGCAGAAAAUGGUGAUCCAUCACAUGGCUGGCUGUGGGCUCUACUUGUAACCAGUGCGUAGUAGAAUGGCAGACUCCCUCAAGUUCCAUUUUUGGUCAAGUGUUCCUGCACCUUUCGAUAGGUUGAUUUGGUCAGAAAGUUGACAAUUAAGACUCUUGUUUUGUAUUAGGUCAAUUUUCUAUAUGGAAUUUACAUUUUUUUUUUUUCCUACUUGUUUUUAUUACUCCUAGAUUUCUUGAGCUGUGAUGGUUAAAUAUGCUUAAGCCAAAUACCCAUGAGAUUUUUUUAUAUGCUUUUGAGUACUGAUUUUGUUUAUUAUUAGGUUUCCUCUGUUGAUUUGAUCUGGGUUUUGUUUGUUGUUCCUAACGUAGGAGGGUCUGGAUUUGAAGGCUGCAAAUUUACAGUAGUUCCCUUCUUCCAGGGCUGAUUUUCGACAAGAUUUCUUUGAAGCAAAUCUUCCAUUACUUGACAAAGCGGCAGGAGAGCACAUCCAUUUGAGUUGCAUGGGUUAGAGUUCAACCAUUGUCCUGCAUCAUAAUCUUCCAAUCAUGCAUGUUCUCAUUCCACCAUAAAUACCUAGGUUUCCAUUUCCUCAAAUAAAUUUCUAAUGUAGUGUGUAUAUACACACACUACCCCGGACCCGUGCACCUCAUACUCAGAAGUUCUAUACACGGGAUCAGGAUAAAUCACUUAACGAGGGGUGACCCCAAACUGUUGGCGAGACGUUUUCAGGUGACCUAACACAAAAGUUCAUGAUAGGAGAUCUUGUGAGGCAUCCAAAAGUUAUUAAUUUCUGUUCCAUAUUGUCACCAGUUUCCUGGCUUAGAACAAUGAAUUGGUAUGAUCAAAGUUGCAUAUCGAUUGCAAAAAAACAAAAGAAGAGAUUCAUCUUUAUCUCCCAAAUUGGUGCA